GUUUCGACCUCCAUGGCGGAGCACUCUCAGGACCUAUGCGAACAAUGGCUGCAGAAAUCUGACACAGACCUUACCCCUGAAGAUGUACAGGGCACUCUUCAGCUGGUCAGAGACGACCUCUGGGUCGCAGCUGCAUGUGCAGACCGCAUACUGGACGAUGCAGUCGUUCAACGGGCUAUUCUCGCACUUGGUCUAGAGAGGACUAAACCUGCUCUCGAACGGUGCACCAACAUCUACCCUACGGAAACCCAUGACGAUGCCUUACACGCGAGCUCAGACGCAACCGAAGCGCCAGACGAGACGUUGACGACAUACUUCAGCGACGAGACUGCAGACGCCCAGAUUUGCUACAUACGUUCCGUUCUCCUGAAACGCCUGGAUCGGCUGAACACCUAUGUAGAGCUAUGUAAAGUUGGUGGAGGGAUUAAAGAGGACGGAAAGGGAAAUGAGGAGGUAGAUGAAGAAUGGGAAGAUGAUCCAUGGGACGACGGCGAGGAGGCGGAGGAGACAAGCACAUCACCAGCAGAAUCACUCCCACCAAUUCCACUCUCCGAGUUCACGACCAACCCCUUAAUCCAGAGUGCAUGUUCAUUGGCGACCCGACAACUAUUUUCAUGCGUCCACAUUCUUCUCAAACACCACGGAACCGAGCUCUGGCCACAACGUUUCGUCAUUCUAGAUAGCAUCCCAGAGCAUGCACACCCUCAAGAUUUCCGUGAUUUGCUACCUGCGUUUGACAUAGGGAGCAAUGAGGAGCAGCACCCCCAGAGUCAGCCGUGGCGGCCAGAACCUGACUGGUCGGAGCUAGCCACUGUUUGGGGAUCCAUGAAGGCAUCUGGCGUUGUCGACAUAGAGGAUCCACAGCCGUCUGUACCUCCCGGCAAGAGCGCUCGACCCAAUCCUCUUACUGCCCAUGAACUCACCGCAUGGUACCGCAAACGUAUCGAAGACGUUCUAUCGUCCACCGGAAUGACAGACAUUGCUCUCGCCAUGGUCCAGCACGGUGCAUCCCAAGGCAUUCCUGACCUCGACGAGCUUGGAGAAGAGCUUAGCCUCCUUUCACGUCUCGUUUACGACGCUCAGGUCUCCGAUGAAGAUGACGUCGAGGAAGAAUGGACUUUGGAUACCUGGAGAGCUAUGGACCCACCCACAGUCAUUCGUGCAUACCUCGCUCACGCCACGCCAAACAGUAUCGUCCCCAGCAUUCGAAAACUCGUCAUGCCGUACCUGUUUGUAUUGGAGGCACGCGAAGAGCGAGCUGGUCGUCCGGAUCCUGCCCUUUCCAUCCGGCUUCUCACUGCCUAUAUACUCUCCGCACCGCUUGAUAUGGUGGCGAGUAUCUUCGAAGCCUCAAAACCCACUCUCCCCGCGUCUCAGCGGCUUAUUCGUGACGACAAGGACAUGGUGCGCCUCGCUCUGGCUUGUCUCUACGGCAGUAACAGCACGGACGAGUGGUCAACGAUGAGCCGCAUUUUCGAAUGUUUACCUGCUUGGACCAGUGACCCAGAUGAUGAAGACCAAGCAGACGCGGCGGAUAUGACCAUCACCUCUCUGGGGGCCUUCGUCACACCGUCGACGACCAGGCCCCGUGUCACGCCAGAGGACCUCCUGGUAUUUUUUAAACCUUUACCCAUCACCUCACUCUCUCGCGCACUCGAUAUACUGGACGUACACCUUGAAUCAGGAGAAAUAUUCUCAAGGUGGAGUGUGGCGUCGCCACUCCAUUGGUUCUUACAGAGUGCCGGCGAUGAAGCGCUCCAGCGCUCGUAUGCUACCCGCAUGGCACGGCGUGCUGGCGGCACGGACGAUGAACUGGACACUCAGGGAGAUUGGGAAUGGCUGUUGGAGGACAUGAUCAAGCUGUCGGGGACGAGCGAAGCUGGGGUGAGGAGUGCGUUUGGUCUCUUGUCGAAGACGGAAAUCAUCCGCAUCUUCUUCAGCGGUCUGCUCAGUACCGGAAAAUUUGAUAUCGCCAAAAGUCUCCUCAGGUCAAGACAGCACGUUCUUUCCCUCGACCCAGAUGUAAUUAGGGACAUUUGUCUGACUUGUUCCCGCGAGUUCUACGACAAUGCCAGCAGUGGAAACUACCGCUUCGGCGACAUGAAGUUGGCCUAUGACUGCCUUUCGGUGCCUGCACCCUCAGACGAGAUCACCAAAGAGCAAGAAUUCAUCGAAGCCACCUCCCGAAUCACCUCCUUCAACGUGAUGUCCCGCUCCGGCAUCCCCAUCUCACCCCUCGAAAUCCGCCUCACCAAGGACCGUCUAUCCCUCGUCUCUCGCGUACUCUCAAGCAACGCCGACGCCUACAAGUACACCGAAGUCAUCCUCGACCUCGUCCACAAGCUCGGCUUCCGCGACGACCCUUCCGCCGAAGUCAAAGCGCUCGCCAUGAUGGCCGACACGGCACUGCAGAACGAGGAUUUCGACCGUGCUGUCGAAGCUAGCGAGACCAUGAUCGACAAAGUCCUGGCCUUGCGCGCCUCUGCUUCUUUCACCUCUCCCGGUGUGGAAGAUCAGAAGGUGCAGGAAGCUAUCGAGGUCUGCUGGGUCGGAUGUUUCCAGCUCGGACGACAGCCCGAGUUCGCAGACGUACCCAAGAAACUGACCCUUCUGGGGCGUGCGCUCGAACUCUGUCCGGCCGAUAAAAUCCCAGACGUGCUCAAUGCGUGGCGGAGACUCGAAGCCGAGGACAUCGAGUUCCGCAAGGACAAGCUCGCCAGGCGUCAAAAGGGAGAGCUCAACGGCAGGCAUACUGGUGGGCGGAAUGGACGAAGGCAGCGCGGCUCGGGCACUUACAGUUAUAACAACACGCCGUCCUCCCUCGCCGCUCGUUUCCAGAACUUGCACAUGCCAGACAUCCACAUCCCUUCCUCUCCGCUCGUCCAUACACCGGACACGGCGGCCUUGGCACAGACAUUCAGCCGUGUGGCGGCGAACUUCACAUCUCUGGGUGGUGGCGUGAGGAGACCGGAUUCUCGACAGUCGUUCACGUCUAAUGACAGUAGAACGGGUAGGAGGGAUGGGAGUAGGGAUAGCAGGGAUCGUGGGUCGGUGGAUGGAAGAAGGGAGGAGGAUGUGUCGGCGCAGGCUACGAGGGUGUUCCAGAAGGGUCUCGGGUGGCUGCUUGGUGAUGAGUGAUUGAACCGUUGCUCUCGGUUGAAUGUUUUUAUUGGAGUUCGAGACACUUUUCGCGGGGCAUAGGAUAUAUAUAGGGUGUCAAACAUUGGUCGAUUUUUAUCUUACCGAGUUCUGUUCUUCAAGGUUUCAUAGUUCAAGCUGACCAUAAUCUGAGAGUAUGGAAUAAA